GCUGUGGCAAUGGAGCUCACGUACCGCUUCAUUGACCUCAACGAGGCCCCGGUGGUGCCACCGGGCACGGCUGCCUUUGUGGAUGUCAGCGAGGACCUCAUGGGCAUUCUUCAGAGGCUCGUCUUGGAGAACAGCUGCCUGGAGGGCAGCCCGAUCAUGGCGGUGAGCCUGGAGAUCGGCAUCGAUGACCCGGUUCCCUGGCGCAAGGAGGCCGGCACGCAGACGGAGGAGGCGCCCGUGAUGAAGAAGGCCAUGAAAUCGAUGAAGGCACCGAAGGAGAUGAAGGCCAUGAAGGCGAUGAAGUCCAUGAAAUCGAUGAAGGCAACGAAGG